UUAAAGUUUCUGAAAUAAACACUACACGUGCGAUCUUCAAAAUUGUUUAAAAACUUAAUAUAAUUAAUUAAUGUGACUAUGUCAAGCACCCAGAAAUACAAAGGGUACUCAAUUGUACCAUGGUACAACACUGCGGAAUGGCAAAACGUAUAUCAAUUAAUUUUCUCCAAAAACUCAACGAAAGACGAUCAGAAACGCGGAUUAGACACGAUAACUACAUGGCAAAUGCGUACGACUCACCUUCCAAGCGGAGUAGAAGGCACAUUAUGCAUUCUCGAAGCAAUUUUGAUUGAAAAAGAGAAUUUAACCGAGAGACAGUAUCAAAUACUUUGUGCAUCAAGUAUAAUGCGUUUUCUUAACAUUUGCGUAGCUCAUCGCGCGCAAGUUAACAGUUUCACUCGUACUGCGCGAGAUAAUUGUAUUCCUGAUUGGAUUAUCAGCAUUAGACAUGAUUUCGCACACAGUCAAAAGUUACCAAGCAUUUCACUUCUAAACUUGGCACUGAAAGAGAGUUUCAAAUGGUUGGAGACAACCUACUGGCAUCCUGAACUUGCCACUAUGUCUGAUAACAUCAUCAGUGGUGUUAAUACUGUGGAAGCAAAAAUGGGUUCAUGUUCAUUAGAUGUCCAUCAGUUGAUGGGUUUAUAUUGCAAUGUAUUUGAGUAUGAUGCAAAGAAUUUGUGCUAUGAUGAGUUUAUACAGAAUAAACUGGAACUAGUUGAUGCUGAGGGUCAACUUGAUGAGUAUCCCAAGGCGAUUAUUUAUUUAUUAGAGUCACAGUUGACUUAUCUCUGUGAUUAUGAGUGGGAUAAAUGUAUUGAUGAGAUAAUUCAUAGUCAUUUUUAUACUGUUCAUCCAAACACACUCAUUGAUAAAAAGAAUAAUGCAACUGCGACUUAUUACAACCUUGCUAACUUGAUAACUUUAAUUGAAAAGCACAAUAAACUCCCGCAUUUAUUAAAAGAGUUGUUUUAUUUGUGUGGGGAUGAAAAAGAAACAACUGAUGUACGCGUUGGUGUUGCCCUGUGGCUUGACGAGAUUUUUAAAGGAAUGCUUAAGUCUAACAAGAAGAAAACUACUUCUGAUGUUGAUAUUCAAUCAAGUAGCAGUACCAGUGGUAUUCCGUUUAAACAUUUGCAUAAACAAACGGUGAAGGCGAUCAAAAAGUUGAAACAAUUGCUGUUUGUUACUGUUCCUGAACAGUUUAGGAAAUAUUUCAUUAAUAAUUUUCUUAUUUUAAUGGACAUAGAUGAUGUGUCCAGCUUUGUUAAAGAGUUAAAUAGACGUGCGGUGACUUAUCCAGGUGAUGAAAUGGAAGAUUCUUUGAAAAUUCAACAAGAACACAUGGAUUACGAAACAAAAGUUCAGACAUUUUUGGAUUCCAUGUAUGAAGAACUUAAUGGCUCCGAUUAUAUGGACACUUCUGAACAAUCAGUCGUUAAUACACCAGUGGAAGAUACCAGUAAUAAACGUUGGAAGAUAGUUUCCGAUACGAGCAUGUUUGAAUCAUGUGCACUUGGAGUCAUUCCCCCACAAUGGACAGCCUAAACCCAUUUCAUCGUUUAAUUUAAAAAAACACUUACAUUUGCAUACAAUGUGCAUUCCGAUUAUUGAUAUAACAUUCACAUGUACAUGCUACGAAUGUGCAAGGACUAGGAGCGUGCCGACUAAAGUUGAAAAACAUCGUCAAGAGCACUUAAAUUAUCACCGUACCAGUUUAAUAUUAACAAUAAUUCGUCGCAAAUGUUACUAUUUCUAUGCUUAUUAAGAGCAUAUAAUAAAUGUCGAUGGCUCAUGACUAUCCAUGAGUUAUUUCACUCUCUUUUUUCUGACAAUCACACACAAUAAAGGUAACUAAAUUACA